GGAAGAAACAAAAGCUCAAACACGUGUGGUUCCCCUGCGCAGUGCGUGUUGUGACCGGCCACAGGAACCAGAGCAGAAAGCUAUCGAUUAUUCCCUUCGAUCAGACGGUUCGAUCAGAAAUGACUAAAGUGAAGAAGGAGAAGGUGACGGCGGACGGAGAGGAGGCCGCUGGCGGGAACGAGAAGUCUUACCAGGAGCUGAUCGCCAACGUGAACCCGAUCGCUCAGCCGCUGGCCUCCAGGAAACUCAGCAAGAAGCUUUACAAAUGCGUCAAAAAGGCUGCUAAAGUGAAGAACAUCCGACGAGGAGUGAAGGAGGUUCAGAAGUUCAUCAACAAGGGGGAGAAGGGGAUCGUGGUUUUGGCCGGCGACACGCUGCCCAUCGACGUCUACUGUCACCUGCCGGUCAUGUGUGAGGACAGGAACCUGCCGUACGCCUACAUCCCAUCUAAAGUGGAUCUGGGUUCGUCUGCAGGAUCCAAGAGGCCGACCUGCGUGAUCCUGAUCAAACCUCACGAGGAUUAUCAAGACGCCUACAACGAGUGUGCGGAGGAGGUGUCGACCCUCCCCAAACCGCUCUGACACUCAUCAGCCAAUCAGGGAGGCGCUCUGAGGUCCCCGCCCACAUGUUAAACCCUCCUGUUCCCCGUCAGAAGCUGCGUCUCCUCUACGUUUUCUGUUUGUACAUCAGAGUCGCAGGCUAACAGUUUCCCUCUGCUUCCAGUGUUUGUGCUAAGCUAGGCUAACCAGGAGGUGGAGGAGAGGACGAGAGGGUUUUAAUAAAUGUCAGUGUCUGCGGGACGAGUUUCAACAAACAGGAAGUAAUAAUGUUAAUCGGACAAACAGGAAGUGACACACUGAUGACACUGAGGCUCUGGUCACACCUGCAGCAACAGGUGUCUCAGGUGAUGUGGUCACAGCUGGUCACUAGAGACAUGUGUUGCUGUCAGGUGAGAGCAGAAGAGUCUCACUUUAUUUUCACUUUUCUGAACACUGACGUUUUUCCUUCUUUAAAAACCAGAUUUAGUCUUUUUUCUUUUUCUUCUGUUGGAAUGUUGAGUUUGAAUAUAAAGCGACUGUGUGUCUGCUCCGCUUCGUUAGAAACUUUGUGACUUGUGUUUUUUAAUUAAAAGAAAUGUGAACUGAAAUCA